GAAUGACGAACCGUGGCAUUUCAUCGGUAGGACAUUCUACAGAAACAUACCGCUAUCCAAGUAGCGUGAACGUAAACCCGGUGUGUUAAGAUGACCAGUUGCAAAUGUAUCUUCGUCUUUUUGAUCUUAUCGUUGGUUAUGAGUGCCGUUUUUGGCCAAACAUUUCAAUAUAGCCGCGGAUGGACCAACGGAAAAAGAUCGGAGUUUCCAAACUCCGCGGAGAUAUCGAAUUCAAUCUCAGACGAGGGUUUCACCAGCAAUGAGCUUAAAAGACUGAAGAUGUUGGUACACGGAAAUGUCGAUGAACAACCGCUGCUGAUCAAUUGUGAUUUUAUGGAUAGACUGAGAAAACUGGCUCAUACGGGUAAUUACGCUCCUCAGCUACGCCAUGAAAAAGGACAAAAUGAUAAUAAUUACUGAAAUAAAUAUUCGUCGUGAUAAUCGUCGCAAACUAAUUCGUUCUAUUGAUGUAAACUACUUGGAUAAUGGAUUUUGUUGUUUAGUUUCAGUCACACUAAAAUAAAUUAUUAUUGCCCCAUGAA